CAUGAGCUGCUGGAAGAGGAAGUUCUCGAUGAUUCUUCUGGGUUUGUAGUCUUGAAGGAACAUUUGGAGGAGGCAGAGAAAGUGCUGCAGAAUCUUGAAAAGGCAAUUGAAAGAAUCCACUCGCACUCAUCAUCUUUGAGUAGGUCAGGCAGUAAGGGGGCUGCACCUGGAGUGUCAAAGCUAAUUCAAGCCUUUGAAUCAAAGGUGCAUAGUGAUGAACAUGAAGUUGGGGAAAGAGACGUGGUUGAAGAUCAAUCAGCUGCAAGUUCAUUUUUGUCAACAAAAGAGCACACUGAAAAUUUGAGAGCAGUGCUUAAGCAAUUGGGUCUGGAUGCUGAGACUGCUGGUCUAAUGUUCAAGGGGAUUCGUGACUGGAGGACAACUGCAAACAUGACACUCCAAGAACUUCAGGUUCAAUCUGAUGCCCUGAAGGAACACAGUUAUAAUUUGGAAGCAACUAAUAUUGAGCUUGAGAUUUUGUAUGAAGCUGUAAAGCAACAUUUGUGUUCAGUGGAGGCUAAGAACACUGAACUUGAGGUUCUCUGUGAAGUCUUAAAGCAAAGAGAGACAGAUAUGAGGGUACAAAAUGUGGAGCUUAGUAAAAAACUGAGUGUUUACCAAUUAAGAGUUACUGAAAUGCAAAGUCAGUUGGAUGGUUUGCAGCAAAGCUCAGAGGAAAUGGCGUCAGUGAUGCACGAACAGCUAGAGAGUUUGCAGAAGGUGGGAUCUGAGAGAAUAUUGAUGCUUGAACAAGCAUGGAGCUCAUUCACUGCUCAGAUUGUUGAAACUGUUGCCAGGCUUGAUAAGUCUCUUCCAAUAAUUUCUGCCUCCACCUUAGCUACUAACUCCUAUGAUGCCAUGGAUAUCAAUAGUUGCAUUUCUGUUUCAGUGGAUGCUGCCAUAAAGAUGAUUAAUUAUCUGCAGGAGAAACUGGAGGCUGCUUGUGAAAACCAUGAAGCAGUCCGUAAUUCGUAUGGAGAACUGAAUGAGAAGUUCAACAAUUUGCUUGGAAAAAAUGAAUUGGCAAUUGGUAUAUUAUAUAAGAUAUAUGGUGAUCUUACGAAACUUCUAAUCAAUUCAUAUGGACCUAUGGAUAAACCUAACAUGGAAAUACAAAAUGAAGAAUUGUCUGAUCCUUUUGACUACAGUAGUUAUAAGAUUUUUAUGGAACUACUGGAAAAAUUUCUAGUGGAGAGACUGCAGAUCUUGACUGUAAAUGAUAAACUGAAAUCAGAGUUGGUGAAUAAAGCUAAAGAUAUUGAGGAAUUCAAUAGACAAGGACUUGGUGCCAGUGGCAUUCAAAAUUUAAUAGAGAAAAUUGAGGAUGUAAUGGAACUUGAGGAUGCUGAAAGUAUUUUGGACAGGGCUCCUGGUUCUCAACUGGAAUUAUUGGUUUCUUCCCUUGUUGAAAAAUAUAAAGAGGCUGGUGAGCGUGUCAAUCUGUCUAGAGAAAAACUUGGACUUAAGGAUAUAGAGUUGAUUGAGAUACAGGAGAAAAUACUUAAGCAUGAAAAUGAAAUCCUUGCGCUCAGGGAAAAUUUAAAUCAAGCUGAGGAAGCUCUUAGUACUUCAUGUUCUGAGUUGCAGGAGAAAGAAAGUGAACUUCAACAGUCAGAGCAGCGGGUAGGCUCCAUUAGGGAGAAGCUUAGCAUAGCUGUUGCCAAGGGAAAAGGUUUGGUUGUGGCACGAGACAGUCUUAAGCAGUCACUGACAGAGACAUCCAAUGAGCUGGAGAGGUGCUCACAGGAAUUAAAGUUGAAAGAUGCCAGGCUUCGGGAGAUGGAAACUAAACUUAAGGCUUAUGCAGAAGCAGGUGAGCGUGUGGAAGCCUUGGAGUCUGAGCUUUCAUACAUUCGUAAUUCAGCUACUGCACUAAGAGAAUCCUUCCUUCUGAAAGAUUCUGUACUCCAGAGAAUUGAGGAGAUCUUAGAAGACCUCGAUCUACCUGAACAUUUCCAUUCCCAAGAUAUAACUGAAAAGGUUGAUUGGUUAGCUCGGUCAGCUACUGGUAAUUCAAUGCCCUUGACUAAUCUGGAUCAGAAGAAUCAUAUGGGAGGUUCAUACUCUGAUACUGGUUUUGUUGUUAUGGAUUCCUGGAAAGAAGGUGCACAGCCAGUCUCAAAUGCUGUGGAUGAUUUGAGAAGAAAAUAUGAGGAGCUUCAAGGCAAGUUUUAUGGAUUGGCUGAACAGAAUGAAAUGCUGGAACAAUCGUUAAUGGAAAGGAACCAUUUGGUGCAGAGAUGGGAACAACUCCUGGACAGAAUCGAUAUGCCAUCCCAUUUGCAGUCCAUGGAACCUGAGGACAAAAUUGACUGGUUAGGAACUGCACUUUUAGAGGCUAAUCGUGAUAGGGGUUCUCUUGAGCAGAAGAUUGAUGACCUUGAAAACUAUUGUAGAUCACUUACUGCUGAUUUGGAAGUUUCAUACAAAAAGAUAUCUGAUUUGGAGGCAGAACUUGAAUCAGUUGUCCUUGACAGAGAGCAUCUUUCUGAAAGAUUGAAGACACUAGCUAUUGAUCAUGAGAAACUUUCAGCAAGAAAACUCCAGUUUGAACUUGAGAAUCAGAAACUGCAUAGUGAAGUACAUGACUUGCAGGAGAAACUGGUUGAGAAACAUGGAAAUGAAGAGUCUCUUCAAAUCCUUGAAGGAGAUAUAAGGAGACUGCUGGAUUUGGUCAGUGAUGCACUGCCAGAUGCCGAUAUAAUGAAUUUGGUCUCUGUUGGCAACAAUACUGAGUGCUUGGAAGUGUUGCUAAGGAAACUUAUUGAGAAUUACAAGUCUCUUGUCUUUAUGAAACCUGUAUCAGAGGAAGUAUUGGCUGGGGAUUGUACUGAAGUACCUCCAUUUAAUCCUGAUGACUCAAGAAGCAAAGAGCCUUUAGUUGUUCAGGAACCAGCAGCUGAUGGAUAUCGUAAUAAAGUAGCUUAUGAUAAUCUUGAUGAAGCAACAAAAGGUACACUGGUUGCUGAAGAACCACAUAUAGCUUCUUUGAAGAAAGAUUUGGAGGACGCUUUGCAUGAACUAAAGCUUGUGAAGGAGGAAAGAGAGAGAUAUGUGGAGAAGCAACAAUCCUUGCUUUCUGAAUUGAAGUGCUUGGUAAGAAAAGCGAGAGUUGCAGAGCUACUUGAUGCAGCUGAUGCUGCUAGACUCGAAGCUAUUUCACAUCUUAAACAAUCAUCUGGACUGCAGUAUGAGGAAAAACGUAAACAGUACUACCAGUUCAUGAUACUCAAAGCUACUGUGGAGCAACUUAAGAAUGGUUUUGCUGAUAUUAAUAAUUUGCUAACUGAUGUUUUCUCUAAGGACUUGGAAUUUCUGCAUGGGUUCGAGGCCAACUUGGAGUCAUAUAUGAAACAAGGUGAUUGCUCUAGUUUUGUAGGCACACCUGUUUUCAUUGCAUCUGCUGGCAUUACUUCCACCAUCUCAGUGAACAAGGAGAACUUUAUGUCUGUGGAAUCUUGGUCAGACAUCAAUUUGCGUGACAAUAUAAAUGAAAAUGAUUUAAUUGAAAUUUGCAGUUUCCUUCAGCAAAGUCUGUAUGAAUUGGUGACUGAUGUUGGUUCUCUUAAAGAAAGAGUACACAUUCAAUCAGUAUCGCUGCAUGAAGAAGUUAAAAAUCUGUCUGAAAUUAUGGGAAUGUUUUGUAGGGAAAUAACUUCCCAAAGAGAGUCGUUUGAAGUCAUGAAGAGAGACCUGAUGCACCUGAAGUCAACUGCACAAGAAAAGGAUAUGGGAGUUUUUGUUUUGCAAAACAACAUUUCUGUGCUUUUUGAAGCAUUUGCUAAUUCAGUUGCAGAAAUUGAAAAGACAAAGGCUGAGAUGAUCGGAAAUACUUUAGUUUCCGGAAAUCUAGGAAUGGACUUCAAUCAAGCAACACUUGCUGAUGGUGGAAUUCUUUUAAAUGAGAAGGAUAGAUUUUCAUCAAAGGAACUAAUCAAGUCUGUGGCAGACAGACUAUUAUUAGCUGUGAGAGAAUUUACUAAUAUGAAUGCUGGGAUUGUAGAAGGUAAACACAAAGAAAUGAAGAUUCAGAUAGCAGAUUUGCGGAAAGCGCUACAGGAGAAGGACAUCCAAAAAGAUAGGAUUUGCAUGGAGCUUGUAGAUCAAAUUAAGGAAGCUGAAGCUCUGGGUAGAACUUACAAAUCAGAUCUUCAAUCUUCAAAUGCAAGGUUGCAUGAUUUGGAGAAAAAAUUAGAAGUGACGGAGGAGGAGCGGAAUUUAUUGGACCAAAGGGUAAGGGCAAUGGAAGACGAGCAAGCCACCGUAGCAGAGGUGCAUGAGAGAGUCAGGUCCCUGACUGACAUGCUAGCUGCCAAAGAACAAGAGGUUGAAGCAUUGAUGCAAGCGCUUGAUGAGGAAGAGGUUCAGAUGGAAGAUCUGACCAACAAGAUCCAUGAAUUGAAAAAAGAGUUGCUACAAAAGAACGUGGAUUUAGAGAACCUUGAAGCAUCUCGUGGAAAGGUUGUUAAAAAGCUGUCUGUAACUAUCAAGAAGUUUGAUGAGCUUCAUCAUUUGUCUGAAAAUCUUCUAGCUGAGGUUGAAAGGCUCCAAUCACAAUUGCAAGAGAAGAUUAUCUUUAUCAUAUCUGAAUUAGAGGACCUACGAGUGGUAGCACAAAGUCGGGAUGCAUUGUUGGAAGCUGAAAGGAGUAAAGUAGCAGAGUUGAAACGUAAAGCAGAAACUCUUGAGAAGUCCUUACACGAGAAGGAAUCGCAAUUAGAUGAGCUUCAGGGUGUGGGAGAUUUGAACCAGGUGACUGGUGCGACUACUGAAAUUUUAGAAGCUGAACCUCUGAUAAACAAGUGGACAGCACCUAGAACCUCCAUUCCGACUCAAGUUCGCAGUUUGCGUAAAGUCAAUAAUGAUCAAGUUGCUAUUGCUAUCGAUGCGGAUCCUAAUGAUAAGGGUACUAGUUUAGAAGAAGAUGAUGAUAAAGCUCAUGGUUUCAAGUCGCUUACUACAUCAAGAAUUGUCCCAAGAUUUACAAGACCUGUAACCGACAUGAUCGAUGGGUUAUGGGUUUCUUGUGAUCGGACAUUGAUGCGACAACCUGCCUUACGUCUUGGAAUUAUGCUCUACUGGGCUGUAUUGCAUGCACUCCUUGCAGCAUUUGUGGUUUGAGGAGCAGAACUGGUUCUUUUUAUUGUUGGAAGGCAAAUUUACUUUGGAAUCUCACCUAUUAUUGUUCCUCGAAGGGGCGGUUCGUAUUGUCUGUAUAAUCAUUGAUUCUUCUUCCUAGAAAUAGAUUCAUUUAUUAUUUAGCUCAACCAAACAACUGUGAUUUACCAGUUUUAGUGUCAUAAAUCACAGAUUGCUUGGUUGUGUUUCCAAUAAGAAAAAUCAUCCUUAGCUUUACAGAAGUCAUAGAUUUAGAAUUUAUUGACUUGAUCCAAAAGGUAUGUUUGAUAUCACUGUUACAGCUUCAUAGGAUUUUUCACAAGCCAAAAAACAAAGGUUCAUAAAUUGGACAAGAGUAUGGUUUUGUAUCUGUACAAAGAAAAUAGAACAUAUUUGCAGGUCAAUUACAAAGUUUUCAUAUUGUCUGCAUGCGCGCAA